AAAAAGAACGAAAGAAAGAAGAAAGCAUUGAAACUACUGCUGUAUUUUUUUUCUAGUUUUUCUUAACGAGAGUAGGAUAUUGUUUUUAAAAAAAAAACAAUUUGAAAAAUACCAAAUAUAUCCCGAUAUAUCUCAGCCGUUGAAAUAUUCCAAGAUUUGAUCUCGUUGCGCCACGUCAGCCGGUGCACCGAGAUUUCUGUGUACCGCCACACACCAGAUCAACGCUCUGCUCAUCCAGACCGUUCGUUCAAUCUGCUAAUCUAGCCAAUCACAGCCAUCCGAUCAUUCCAUCCGAGAUCCAACGGCGUACAGUGUUCCGCGGUACCGGUGUACCAUACACGCGUUCACACUGUAGCGUAAUCUCGGAGCCUCUCUCUCCUCUCGCCGGCGACGUUCUCUCUCUCAUCCGAUCUCCACUUUCCGGCCACCUCUUGCCUCCGCACCACCACAGAAAGGUUUAUCCCCUUCUGUAAAGAAAAACCCCGGUGGUUUUCAGCGUUUUAUCCGCCUCAUCUGGCCGGAAAAAGGCCGCGAUUGUCGGCGGCCACCGAAGCUUCAAGUCGUCGAUUCUCCUUCGUCAGCCAUCAACGACCGACGAUACCACCGCCAUCAGAAUCCUCGUCCUCAGAUCUACCAGGAUCGACCGUCGUUUGGACAGAAAUCUCGCCGGGAAAUUUCGCCGCCGCCAACAGUAGCCGCGCGUGAGUCACACGCGCCGCCAGUGGCAUUUCCGUAAUUUUCGGAGAAUUUCGAGGGUAUUUCAGUCUUUUACCUAUACAGUGAUACUCAGGUUGAAAUAUAGGUCCCCCAAAAGACCAUAAAAUUCAUUACACUCGACUACGAAGGAAAAUAAUGGAGAACGAAGAAAGAGCACAUCUAGAGGCUCAUUACCAAAGGGAGUUGGAGAGCAUGAAAAAUGAUAUUACACGACUUACAAGUCUACUCGAGCAGGCCCUAGCAUCCAAGUCCAUAGAAAAUACCUCUACUCAGCCAGCAGUCGCAACUCCAUCUGGAUCUAUGCCAGCAGCUCCUUUUGUAUUCACGUCUCAAAAUUUAGGGGCAAAUCCCUCUUUAUUUGAACAACAGUCCACUACCAAUGUUCCACCAGCACAAGUGCCGGUUACUGUAAACUUGACAGCUGAUGACCCACGUAUGAUGAAAUUCUCUAAACAUGUUGAUUAUGAGAAGUUGACCGCUCUAGAAGACAGAUUGAGGGCAGUCGAAGGGGCAGACUUAUAUGAUCCUGUUCAUGCGGCAGAGAUGUGUUUAGUUCCAAAUGUAGUUGUACCCAAAGAAUUUAGGGUACCAGAAUUCAUCAAGUAUACUGGAACUGAAUGCCCAGUCACACAUCUUAAAUCUUAUUGCAAUAAGAUGGCAGAAGUAGUGAAUGAUGAGAAACUUCUCAUCCAUUUCUUUCAAGACAGUCUUUCUGGAUCGGCACUAAGUUGGUAUACAAGGCUAGAUAAUACCAAGAUCAGAAAAUGGAAAGAUUUGGUAAAAGCUUUUGUGGAGCAGUACAAAUUCAACAUGGAGGUAGCCCCGGACAGGUCAAGCUUGUUAGUCAUGGAGAAAGGCAACAAAGAGACUGUAAGAGAAUACGCUUUGAGAUGGCGCGAAAAAGCAUCUCAUGUUCAACCCUCUUUGUUAGAAAAAGAAAUGGUCACUUUGUUUUCCAACACUUUUAAAUCUCCUUAUUUUGAACACCUAGUGGGUAGUUCAGCUCAACAUUUCUAUGAUGCUGUAACUAUCGCUGAGAGGAUAGAACAAGCAAUAAGAAUGGGGAGAAUGUUAGAGCCUACUGAGAAGAAAGGCUUUACUGGGAAAAAGAAGGAUUCUGAGGUGAACAACGUGGAAGGAGUGUAUAAGGGUAAGAAGAAAAAUUACCAUCAUUAUAACUUUCAAAUACCUACCCAACAAGUUGCAAGUGUAAACUUCACUAAGCCUUUCCCUACCAACCAACAAAACCCACCAAAUGACCAACAAAGUAACCAAAUUGUUAAUCCUCCAAGAAGGAACUUUCAAAGAACCCAAGAACGAUUGCCACCAUUACCACUUCCCUUGGGAGAAAUGUAUUCAAAGUUGUUGAGUAUUGGGCAAGUGGCUCCUGUUCCCUUAACCCCACUGCAACCUCCAUACCCAAAUUGGUAUAAGCCGGAUCUGACAUGUGAGUAUCAUGCUGGCAUUGCUGGGCAUAACAUUGAAAGCUGUAAUGCAUUUAAAAACAAGCUUCUGCAAUUGAUAAAAGCUGGAUGGAUAACUUUUGAUGAUGCACCGAAUGUGAAUUCUAACCCUUUACCCAAUCAUGCUGCAAGUAGUGGAGGGGUAAAUGCUGUAGGAGUAGAGGGUAAGAAGGAAAGAGUUUUGAGGGUUUCCAUGGAAAGACUGUACGGUAUGAUGGUACAGUCUGGAUAUUUACUUGAGGUUGAACCAGUGAUGAAUGAAAAUAAUUACUGUAAGUUUCAUGGCGAGGUGGGACAUCACAUUGAUGAUUGUCAAGAAUUUCACCAGGAAGUGAAAAGGAUGCUGACUUUCGGCAUGAUAAGGAUAGAGAAUGAAGAAGAAAGCAGUGAAGUUGGGAUGAUAGGCUGUCAGGAGAAAAAAAUGGAGGUUUGUAGACUCCAACCAACUGUGGGUGGUCCACCAAAACUAAUCCUGACUAAACCUGUGUGCAUAAAUAGUGGAAGUUAUGGCGCAAUGCCUUACAAUUAUGGAUAUUCUUUCAACAUUAAGGAUCCUACUCCUAUCUUCCAUACUGAAAUCGGUGGUUUAACUCGAAGUGGUCGGUGUUUUACACCAGAAGAAUUGGAGAGGCAGAGGAAAGCUAAAGGAAAAGAAAUAGUUGAUGCUUUUAAAGGUAUGGAAGUGAACAAACCUAUAAGUGAAGAUGAGUCUAAUGAAUUUCUGAAGUUGAUGAAGCAUAGUGAGUAUAGUGUGGUAGAUCAGUUGAAGAAAACUCCUGCUAGAAUCUCUUUAAUGUCACUUAUCUUGAGUUCUGAAUUACACCGUAAAGCAUUACAAAAGGUGUUGAAUGAAGCAUAUGUGCCCCAAGAUAUUACUCAGGAUACAAUGGAACAUUUGGUGGGAAGAAUUCAAGCCUCUAAUUACUUAUACUUCACUGAAGAUGAGCUAGACCCGGAAGGGACUGGGCAUAACAAGCCUUUGUACAUCACCGUGAAAUGUAAGGAUUGUCUGAUCGGCAAAGUGCUUGUGGAUAAUGGUUCAGCUCUGAAUGUGCUACCAAGGCAUAUGCUAGAUGAGAUGCCAAUUGAUGCUACUUAUAUGAGGCCAAGCACUAUGACAGCUAGAGCAUAUGAUGGUUCCCCUAGACAGGUAAUAGGGACCAUUGACAUUGAAUUGUUUGUAGGGCCUCAGAUGUUUUUGGUAACCCUACAAGUAAUGGAUAUACAUCCUUCAUAUAGCAUGUUAUUGGGGAGACCAUGGAUACACGCCUCUGGGGCUGUGACAUCAUCUCUACACCAAUGUCUGAAGUACAUUAUCAAUGGUACUUUAGUGAAAGUUAAGGCAGAAGAAACCUUGUCCAUGAUAAGAAAUGUGUCAGUCCCUUAUAUUGAAGCAGAAGAUUGCAAAGAUGGAAAUCUCCAUGCCUUCGAGAUUGUGAACACUGAAUGGGUACCAGAGAAUACGGUGCUGAGAAGACCAAUUAUUUCUGAUACUUCCAGAAUGAUAGCUAAGUGUUUUUUGAAACAUGGGCUACCAUUCCAGAAUGCUUCACUUACUGGAAGUUUUAAGGGAGUCAACAUGAUGAAAGUUAAGGCUGCUGAUCAGAGGUUUGGGCUUGGCUUUAAGCCUAAGAAAGAUGAUUACAAGAGAGCUGCUAGGAUUAAGCGAGAAAGAAGGUUGGCCAGAAUGGAAGGAAGAAAGCCAGAAGAAGAAGACAUUGUAAUCCCACCCAUCCAUGUUUCUUUCCCAAAGUCAGCAUAUGUAAUGAAACCUGAAAACAUGAUAGAAGUCUUGGGACAGAAACUUGCCGUCAUGGACAUCAACAAUGUAGAGGAAGGUGAAGGAAAAGGCUGGAAUUAUAAUGAUGAGCCGAAAACAACAGAAGAAGAUGAGUUGUUACCUCAGUUAACUGUCCACUCUCUAGAAGAGGCUCCAACCAAUACCUUUGUGCGAAAGCUUUCAGUUGAUGAAGUAUUCCAGAAUUGGGAGAUUGAAGAAGCCCCAGUUGUUUUCAAGAAGAAUCCUGAAAAUGAAUCCUCCAUAAAUCCACAAACAUAUUGCAUUGAAAAUGAAUGGCCAAACUUUGAUAAGGAUGUGAUUGCAAUGGAUGAAGAGGAAUGGAAUGAAGAUGAUAUGAAAGAGUUUACUAGACGGGUAGAACAGUCCGAGCAUGCUUGGAAAUCUGCAAAAGAAGAAUUAGAGGUGAUAAAUGUAGGCACAGAACAAGAUAAAAGAGAGCUAAAGAUUGGAACUCUGAUUACCACAGAAGAAAGAUGUAGUUUAACAGCACUACUACAAGAGUAUACGGAUGUGUUUGCCUGGUCUUAUGCAGAUAUGCCUGGUCUAGACAUUGAUAUUGUAGUACACAGAGUGCCUCUGAUAGAAGGAUGUAAACCUGUUAAGCAGAAAUUGAGAAGAACUCGCCCGGAUAUUCUACUCAAGGUCAAAGCAGAGAUAGAGAAGCAGUGGGAUGCCGGUUUUCUAGAAGUUAUUAAAUACCCUCAAUGGGUAUCUAACAUAGUGGUAGUCCCAAAAAAGGAUGACAAAAUCAGAGUAUGUGUAGACUUCAGGGAUCUAAACAAAGCUAGUCCCAAGGAUGAUUUUCCUUUGCCUCACAUAGAUGUUCUGGUGGACAAUGCUGCUAAGAGUUCAACUUAUUCCUUCAUGGACGGAUUCUCCGGGUAUAACCAGAUUAAAAUGGCUGAAGAAGAUAAAGAGAAGACCACUUUUGUCACACCAUGGGGAACAUUUUGUUACAAAGUGAUGCCAUUCGGAUUAAAGAAUGCUGGAGCCACAUAUCAAAGGGCAAUGGUGACGCUUUUCCAUGAUAUGAUGCAUAAAGAGAUUGAAGUGUAUGUGGAUGAUAUGAUUGCCAAGUCUAAGAACGGAGAAGAUCAUGUUCAGGUUCUAAGAAAAUUAUUUGAUAGACUAAGGAAGUAUCAGUUGAAGCUGAAUCCUGCAAAAUGCUCAUUUGGGGUAAAGUCUGGAAAGUUGUUGGGAUUUGUGAUAAGCAAUAAAGGAAUAGAGGUCGAUCCUGAUAAAGUGAAAGCAAUUCAGGCAAUGACAAUUCCUAAAACUGAGAAAGAAGUAAGAGGUUUCUUAGGACGUUUGAACUACAUCGCUCGAUUCAUAUCUCAGUUAACAACAACAUGCGAGCCAAUCUUUCGAUUACUUCGGAAAAAGAAUCCUGGUACAUGGGACAACGACUGUCAAGAGGCUUUUGACAAAAUAAAGCAAUACUUACAGAAUCCACCUUUGUUAGUGCCACCUGUGCCUGGAAGACCUUUGAUCUUGUAUUUGACAGUAACCGAGGUAGCAAUGGGUUGUGUGUUAGGACAACAGGAUGAGUCUGGAAGAAAGGAGCAAGCUAUCUAUUAUCUGAGUAAGAAGUUUACCGAUUGUGAAUCCAGAUAUACUAUGACUGAGAAGCUAUGUUGUGCCCUUGUGUGGAGUACGAAGCGUCUUCGACAAUAUAUGUUGUAUUAUACCACCUGGUUGAUCUCAAAAAUGGAUCCGCUUAAGUACAUCUUUGAGAAACCUUACUUGUCAAGCCGAAUAGCAAGGUGGCAAGUAAUGUUGGCAGAGUAUGACAUUGUAUACAAGACAAGAACAUCUGUAAAGGGAAGUGUAAUUGCUGAUCAUUUAGCAGAUAAUGCUAUCAAAGAUUAUGAGCCUUUGAAAUUUGACUUCCCGGAUGAGGAUGUGUUGAUAGUCGAAGAAGACAAAGAGAAGAAUGAUUGGUGGAUCAUGUAUUUUGAUGGGGCAGUGAAUGUAUCCGGCAAUGGAGCAGGGGCUGUGGUAAUCUCACCUGAUAAGAAGCAAUAUCCUAUCUCGAUCAAGCUACAAUUUGAAUGUACUAACAAUACUGCUGAAUAUGAGGCUUGUAUCCUUGGCUUAGAAGCUGCUUUAGAGAUGAAGAUAAAGAAGCUUGAUAUCUAUGGGGAUUCAAUGUUAAUAAUCUGUCAAGUGAAAGGCGAAUGGCAGACCAAAGAAGAAAAAUUGAUACCCUAUCAACAAUAUCUCUCAAAACUGACUGAGGGUUUUGAUGAGAUAGAUUUUACCCAUAUGGGAAGAGACAAAAACCAGUUUGCUGAUGCUUUGGCAACCUUAGCUUCUAUGGCCAAAACUGAUUACGGCAUCAGGGUACAACCAAUCUGCAUUGAGAUUAGAAAUUUUCCAGCUCAUUGUUGUGCAAUUGAAGGAGAAGUAGAUGGGAACCCAUGGUUUUAUGACAUCAAGCGGUUUAUCCAAUAUCAAGAGUAUCCCUUGGGGGUAUCUAAAGCAGAUAUGAAGACCUUGAGACGGUUAGCCAUGGAAUUUUACCUGGAUGGAGAAAUUCUAUAUAAAAGAUCAUUCAAUGGGGCUUUACUAAGAUGUCUAGAUGAAAUCGAAGCUAAGGUAGCAUUGCAAGAAAUUCAUGAAGGAAUUUGUGCAACUCAUGCAAGUGGGCAUAUGAUGGCCAGACAACUGCAACGAUCUGGAUACUUCUGGAUGACCAUGGAGAAAGAUUGCAUUGAUUAUGUCAGAAAAUGCCAUAAAUGUCAGGUGUAUAGUGAUAAGAUAAAUGCACCUUCAGCUCCUCUAUUCAAUAUGACAUCACCAUGGCCAUUUGCAAUGUGGGGAAUAGAUGUGAUUGGCCCAAUCAACCCAAAGGCCAGCAAUAGGCAUCAAUUUAUCUUAGUAGCCAUUGAUUAUUUCACAAAGUGGGUGGAGGCCAGCUCUUAUGCUCAUGUAACUCAAAAGGUGGUCAAGUGUUUCAUUGAGAAAGAUUUGAUUUGUCGGUACGGUUCACCUGAGAAGAUAGUGACCGACAACGCCCAAAAUUUUAAUGGGAAAAUAAUCACAGAAUUGUGUGUGAAGUGGAAAAUUAAACACUCAAACUCGUCUCCUUACAGACCGAAGAUGAAUGGUGCUGUCGAAGCUGCAAACAAGAAUAUCAAGAAGAUUAUCCAGAAGAUGGUAGUCACUUAUAAGGAUUGGCAUGAGAUGCUUCCCUUCGCUCUACAUGCGUAUCGCACAGCAGUAAGGACAUCUACUGGAGCUACACCUUACUCAUUAGUAUUUGGGAUGGAGGCGGUGAUGCCUUUGGAAAUAGAAAUUCCAUCUUUGAGAGUACUACUGGAAUCUGAACUAGAAGAAGCUGAAUGGGCUAAAGUGAGAUACGAGCAGCUAAACAUGAUAAGUGAGAAGAGGUUGGCUGCAAUUUGUCAUCACCAGUUAUACCAAAGAAGGAUGGCCAAAGCAUAUGACCGGAAAGUCCGACCAAGGGAAUUCAAAGAAGGGGAUCUUGUACUAAGAAAAAUCUUACCAUUACCAAGUGAGGAUAGAAGCAAGUGGGCACCGAACUAUGAAGGCCCAUAUGUAGUGAAGAAAGCAUUCUCUGGAGGGGCCCUGUUGUUAACUAGAAUGGAUGGAGAUGAUGUAUCUAGGCCUGUGAACUCUGAUUCUGUGAAAAAGUAUUAUGUAUGAUGUGUUUCAUCCAAUCAUAAUCAAUUAAAUAAAGUUUGGCCAGGAAAUUCUCUUUGCAUAUACCUCACCAAAAACCCAUGCAUGAUCUCAAUGGCUCAACAAUUUGAUCUUUCAAACCUUUUUACAGGAGAACCCAUUCUUCUUAAAUGAGAUUUUAAAAGAACUGAUUUUGUUUGUUGAUUUCCAUGAAAUAAAUCAAUGAUUUGUUUAGGAUGAUGUUCAGAGCAAUUCCCUUUAAAGAGAUGACCAAACAAGUCCAAAACAUACAAUUGGAACAACUAUCAUUCAAAUUAUGCCUUGGAUUUACAUUUUAUCAGCAUGAAUAAUGAUUGGUAAUAUAUUAGUUGUCAUGGACUCGCAACACAUGGUAUCUUAUAAAUCCAAAGCAUUACGCUGGAUGUGGACAACGUUUAUUGGUUUGAACUGAGUUUACUUGAAAUGAGGAAAGGCCAUCUUUGAUAUUCCUUUCACUUUCUUUAAAAUUAUCCUUUGGAGUCCCAAUUUGAGCUGAGUCUAUUUAAAACUUUUUCUUUCAUAAGAACCUGAAUUGAGAUCACACCCUACACUAGGGGGCAAAAAGAGAGAAAUGAUCAUGAAAAUCGUCUUGAAAGCAUGUGAGCUUAUAAAGUCUGACAACAAAGACAAUUGAGAGAAUUCCCAACAAAUAUGGGAAUUCCCAACAAAGACAAUUGAGAGAAUUCCCAACAAAUAUGGGAAUAAAAAAAAAAAACACAAAAGUUCCUAAUUUGGAAUAUUUAGUAUCAUUUUUGUUGUCAAGAUAGCAAAAGAAAAGGCUAAGAUAAGAUAAUAGUGAUCUAUAGUUUUUUUUUAAGCCCUUAAACACUCUUUUGAGCUUAUACAAUACUCUUUCUUUUAUAGCCUUGAGCCAUAAAAUACAUUACGUGUCUUGAAAGUCCUUUCUAAUCAAGUAAGCAACCUGGAUCAAUAAACUGUGUUCUCAAAAUAUAAGAGACUUUUCCAUAAAGAGUUAUGGCGUAGCAAAUAAUUACUCGUUAUUAUUCAUGCUAUCAAAAUAAAAAGGCAAAUUGUUCCUUUUCUCUCAAAAUACAUUCAAGCAAUCGCUUGAACACCUUGAAAACCCAAGCAGAAGGUCAUCUCAUCACUUACCUUCAUCUGAGAUUACUUUUACUAAGACCUUUACUAAGAGAUUUGACAUAAAGCCCCAAAAUUGCCUGAACAUUGUUAUAAACAGACAUUGGAGGUUUCAGUUUUCAAGAACAAAAUAGAUCUUUUGAAGCAUCAUUUUUGAAAAAGGUUUCCUUUGUAAGAAAAAAUGAACAUGUGACACACUACAAGGCACUGUUGAGAAAUCAGAGAUUUUAAUGACAACAAGAGCAAAGGAGGAAAUGAAAUAAGGCAGUUAAUUCUCCUAGAGGGGCAGAGAAGCAGCUACCAGAUCCCUAAUGGCACAAAGAAAUUUGCUUCCUUAGUGGAAAAUACACAUGAUAAAUCUGUAGAUCUCGCCUAACAUGAGAACUGAAACAGUAUGAUUUGCAGUAUCUGUGAAAGGAGAUUGUUGACUCUCACAAUAUGAUCAGUUAGACAACAAGAUGACUUCUACAUCUUCAGUAAGAGGAAUGUAUAUGAAAAUCCCAGGUAAAGCGGGAUAAUCCUCAUAUUUUGAUCAUAUAAAUUGGUUACAGAAUCCUCAAUAAUGAGAAUGUUGCCAAUAGAACAAUGUUGGGCCAAGGAGAAGUUAAUGCUCUCAGUAAAGUAACCAAUAGAGAAAGGUGCAGUGAUUGUUGGGAAACUCAAACAAAGCUUAUCUUAGAAAAUGAGCGACAUGGGUCGGCUUGAGUAGAUUUGAAGGAUGUGUGAAUCAGAAGAGCUCACUAAAAAUCAAGAUCAAGAUCCUCAAACAAGAUGAACGGGGGACCUAUGUUUUAAAAAAAAAGACAAGUAAGAUGCAUUGCAUAUCAUCUAACUCCACAUGCAUUGCAUAUUUGUUUUACAGAUAUUUCAUAAAACAAUAUCCCCACUGGGAUCCAACGAGACUCACAUGAAUUGAAGUUCUUUUAAAUCACAUCAAAUAUGGCGAUUCCAUAAAAGCAAAAUUCAUAAAUGAAGACAAGAAAGAUAGAUUUUUAUUCAUGGGAAAAGGGGUUUACAAGUACAAAUGUUAAACAGUGCGAGGACGAUCAGGGAUAUUUUCAUCUUGAUUGUUAAUCAUGCCUCGAAAUUCCUCAAAUUGUUUAUGCAUACGCUCCAUCUCUUCCUCGAACUCAAGGUGUCGGGUGUUAACAUAGUCCCGCCAAAAGUCAACACGUGUAUUCAGCUCUUGGUUCCUCCUCUCCAAGUUGUUUCUGUGACGUCUCUCAUCACGGAGUCUAUUCCUUAAAUUCUCAAUCUGAUGAUGGAGAUCAAGAACCUGAGUAUUCAACUCAAGUCUUCUGGCAUGAAGACGCUCUGCAACGUUCACCAAAGACGAAGUAGCUCUGAUACUGAGAGCAAGUGACUGAUUCACCGCUUCAAUAUCGGUCCUGGCAGCUAGCAUUAUUUCAUCACGAGGAAGGAUCAUGUCUCUAGCCACGGCUACAGCAAUAUCUUCAUUGUCCAUUACAGUAUCCUCUAUUGUAACCGGACGACCAUUCACUUCAAAGGUAGUACGCCAAACUGCAGGCUCUACUGCUGCAGGAACAGGGUUUGGGUUAGCAUUGGAAGAAGAGGAAGACAUGAUUAAAGCUUCAAAAGUUAAGAACUUUGAGAGUAUUGAAAAUGCAAGAAGUUGAUGAUGUCUUUUGCCAAAUACUGCGUGAUUUAUAAGGAAUUUACUCCUACCAUCAUUUUGAACGGCAGCUCAAAUCUCAACUGUACAUACAGUACUUUCUUGGGAAGCUUUCCUCAUUUUUGGGAUCCACAAAUCAGAUCUCAACCGUACAUACAUGACUUCCUUGAGAAGCUUUCCUCAUUUUUGAGAUUUACAAAUCAGAUCUCAACCGUACAUACAUGACUUCCUUGAGAAGCUUUCCUCAUUUUUGAGAUUUACAAAUCAGAUCUCAACCGUACAUACAAGACUUUCUUGAGAAGCUUUCCUCGUCUUUGGGAUCCAAUUACAAAUCAAAUCCCAACCGUACAUACAAGACUUUCUUGAGAAGAUUUAAUCAUCUCUGAGAUCGAUUUACAAAUCAGAUUUCAACCAUACAGGUAUGGCUUCUUUUAGAAUUUUUCAUCAACCUUGAAGCUCAUUGUUGAAAUCACUUUCAUGUAUUUCACAAAAUUAUAUUGAAAUCA